AUGAGUGAGGAGACAGAAAGUGUGCCUCGCCCCCUUUCACCAUUGGUUGAAUUUGAUCAUCGACUUAAAUUACUUACAUCACAAAUGGAUUUAUCAAUUGAGUUUCUCAAGGAUAUGUCAACGUCGUUCUAUAUAGACCUUAUGCGUGGCGUCAAAGCACACAAACGACAUAAAAAUCUUUGGAUUCCAACAGAAUGUCCCUUUAAAAUGUUGGAUUCAUUCAUAUGCAACAUUCCCACUGGUAAUGAAAAAGGUGUUUUUUAUGCUGUAGACUUUGGUGGUUCUAACUACAGAGCUGUCCGAGUUAAAAUUGAUGGGGAUGGUAAACUACAACGAACCCAAUCCAUAUAUACCCUUAAGUAUGUAACUGCAUUUUCUAAAAAGGGAUUGUUAGACAAACAUACUACGGCCACAGAAUUGUUUGACCAUUUUGCACAGAGAAUAGGUGAUGUAAUAAAGGAGGCUGGAGAAUCUGACGAUCCUAAACCUAAGUCAGUUGGUUUUACGUUCUCAUUUCCUUGUACAAUGUCUUCAAAAACUUCAGCGAUUCUCAUAGAUUGGACCAAAGAUUUUGAAACGGGCAGAGCUACUAAUGAUCAAGUUGAGGGCCGUGACGUAUGCGCAUUGUUGGAUAAUGCAUUUGUUCGAAACAAAGUUAAUGCGAAAACCGCUAUUUUAAUUAAUGACACUGUGGGUACACUAUUGUCAUGUUGUUACCAAAAACCAAAAGGGUUUCCAGAUUGUAAGAUAGGGCUAAUAAUUGGUACCGGCUGCAACAUAUGCUAUAUUGAGCCUGAUUACAAGAAAUAUGGAUAUGAGGGGUCAAUUGUUAAUGUUGAAAUGAACAACUAUGACAAAGAACUGCCAAUUACUCCAGUGGAUUUUGCAGUAGAUUGGGAAACUAGUAACAAGGGCAGGGAUCUAUACGAGAAAUUGCUUUCAGGUGCUUAUCUAGGAGAGGUGGUGAGACACUAUAUGAUAUUGUUGCUUAGACAAAAGGCGACGCCAUUGAUGUAUGAAUGGGGAAGUUUUACCUCAUACGAUGCUGGAAUAGUGCUAAAUGAUAAUGAUGAUCUUAAGGAGUCUGCAAGGGUCGCCAAAGAAAAUUGGAAAGCAGAUUUGACAAAAGAAGAACUUAUUGGAUUAAGAAAGGUUUGUGAAGCAACGUUCGAACGUUCGGCAGCUCUUGCAGCUGUGGCAAUAAUUUCCACUGGCAGAAGAGCUAGAGCACAUCCAACUCGCCCAAUAACAUGUGCUAUUGAUGGAUCUUUGUACGUAAAGAAUCCAUGGUAUAAUAAGAAACUUGAGUACUAUGUGGAUGCUGUAUCUAGGAGUGAUUUGAAGGGCAGUAUCGUACUGCUGGCUGCUGAUGAUGGAUCUGGCAAGGGAGCUGCUAUUGCAGCCGCUAUGGAGAAUUGCACAUAA